AUGGGGUAUGAGACGAGGAAACCACGAUUUGAGGCUAGGUUGCUCGCUAUGCGAGCAGAGUUUCCACAAGCAGCAGAUUGGUUGAAUCAAAUUCCUAAGAGUAAAUGGACUCAAGCCUACGAUGAAGGAAAAUGGCCUUUGUUCUCGUCGGCUUUCGGUCUCCAUUUUGGUUCCCGUCUUCGCCAUUGGCUUUCUGUGAGCGUUUCUUCCGCCAUCCAAGUUAGUGUUCUAACCCCAUUGGCUUUCAUUCUCUGUUUGAAUCGCGUAAAUGGCCGUAGGAUAGACGACAUUGUUGAUGUUUGGUGCUUGAGGUUGAAAACGAAGAACACGAGGUCUACGUCGUGUGUUAGGCAGGGUAGAGGCAGAGACAUUAGUCAGGAUGUGCCUGAGGUUGAUGUUCCUCGGCGUCGUAGGCCCACUGCCUCAGCACGUAGGCAACGGGUUACCCAGAGAGUCGAGGAUGUUCCUCAGUUGCCUGAGGAUGUGCCUCAUGUGUCUAAUGGUAGCCCAGAAAUGACAGGCGCCACCGAUGGUGUUGAGACAGAUCGAGUGGCUAGUGAUGGGAGCUUGGGGGCACUUGCUGAUGAUGAGGGGUUCCCCGGUGGGCCACGUGAUCCAUCUGUUUUGAUAGAAUUUGCUGAUCAUGUGGCACACAACAUAUGGAGUGGACAGGAGCGACCCGAUCUCAAGUUGGUCUCCCAUGGUAGGAAAGUAGAUAAAUUUGGGAGACCGGAUGCUGAGAUUGAAGGUAUGAUAGUGGCCACCGGAUUGGAUCCACUGAUCAGGUGUUCUGUAAUCACCAUUGAUCCUGGACUUAUAUUCGCCUUUGUUGAGAGGUGGCAUAGGGAGACAAGCAGCUUCCACCUCCCAGUAGAGGAGGUGACGAUCACUCUAGACGACGUUUCGUCACUCCUGCACAUUUUGAUUACUGGCGCGCUACAUUCAUUCGAGCCGCUAGUUACAUCUAACGCAGUGGCCCUGUUGACGAAGCUACUUAAGGUCACCCCAGACGAGGCUACAGCUGAGACACGUCAGGCAGGUGGGCCUCAUGUUCAAUUGUCCUGGCUUCGGGACAUGUACCAGAGUAGGUGUCGAGCCAGGCAGUGGGUUGCUGCAGCUCGGAUGUACCUCCUUCAUUUGGUUGGUUGCACUCUUUUCGCUAACAAGAGUGCAACCCAUGUCCAUGUUGUGCACCUGCAGGCAUUCAGGGACCUGGGUCAGGCAGGGGCAUUCUCUUGGGGAGCGGCUGCUUUGGUCCACUUGUACGAUCAGCUUAACGAGGCGUCGCAGGCCUCUACACGGCAGAUGGCCGGUUACAUUUCACUACUUCAGUGCUGGAAUUACGAACACUUUCCAUCGGUGUGUCGUUGA